AUAGGACCACUGCAUCCGUUUUCUUUGCUGCCAGAGAUUGUAAGACAGGAUUUAAGUGGAUCUUGGAUAGGGUGACCAUAUAAUUGAUAGUCUACCCAGGAGGACCCUUGGGAAUGAAGACAGGAAGCCGGGGCUGGGCUCAAAAAACCGGACAAAUGUUUAUUCUGUGCUGGAGCUCCCAGGAGAGGGGAAGAAAGAGUGGCAGGAGUCAUAGCGUUGAGUCCCAGGGGCUGCCAGGCCAAACCAGAGUUGACCCACCUAAAAAGGGUUAGAGGGAAGGAUUGCAUGGGGCCAAAGGGGAAAUUAGGCUGCUCCACUGUCUGGGGUGCAGCUGAACGCCGCCCUUAGAGAGCGGUACAGCUCAAUGUGAGGAGCUGCUCUGUACAGCAGGCCACCCGCGCCAGGCCAAAGAGGACAAACGCGGAAGAGGGGCACCUUCCUUCUCCUUCACCCUCACCCAAUCCACGCUCAAGAGGAGCGGGCCAAGCAUGGAAAUCUGUGAAUGAAGUAUGGGUCUGUUGUUUUAAACUGAGCUAGACCAAGUUUUAACAACCACAAGCACAAAAGUGCUUUUCCUCGGGUUAAGGAAUCCAAAAGGGGAUUUGUCAGCGUGGUGGGGGUGAGAAGUCCUCACAAUGGUGACACCACACCGGUUCAAAGGGUGGGUACCACCAAUUAAAAAUAUUUAAUAACAGGAAUAUCUGGAUGCGCCCUUUAAAGAGCUGUUAACGGAGACACACUUGCGGCCCCCGACGUUUUCCGAGCGCUGGGUGGGAGGCGCUGUCCGCCCGGUGCGGUCUGCACGUGCGCCAAGGGCGCGGCCUGAGCACGCGCCGCCGCGUGGCGCAGCUGGAGGCUACGUUCCCGGGAAGCGUUCGCGGCGGCGCCCUUCUGCCUCCGGGUCGGCGGGCCCCGCAGCCCACGCGGACUAACCUGGGAGAGGAGUGAGGCUCUGGCGCUUCGCGCGCGUAGUUUGGCCCCCCUCGGCUGGCACUCGGUGCUCUCUGCCCUAGGAGCAGGGCUGAGAGAGCGAGGCCUUGGGCACGCGCGGCCUCUGCUCAGUCCUCCGCUCGCGCGGCCAGCCUACCCGCCUGCAGUGGCUGCCACCAUACAGCCAUGUCCCUUGGCCAGAACACCCCAGGGCUGAGCUCCUCCUCUCUUCUUCUCUUUGCCUGGUGGCCGGACGCCGCGAUCUCUUCUCAUGUGAGCUACUGGACAAAAAGGGGUGAAGACACUGAGGUCAGAGAGGUGGAAGGAGCUGCCCAUGGUCAGUCACACAGAAGGCGCAGGUUUCCUGGCUGACUUGCGUGGCCUCCGAGCCGUGCCGGGCGGGCUUCGGGGAGGCCGAAGUGACCUUGGAAGCGGGAGGCGCGGAGCUGGAACCCGGCCAGGCUCCAGAGAAAGUGGUUUUCAUGGACUGCCCUGGACAAGUGUCGGCCUUACUUAGCACUGAUGAUGACUUCACUGUAUCCCCUGACAGAACAGUCCAGGAAAAGAAAGCAUUGAAGAUAUCCCCACCCAAACGCAUCUUGCGAAGACGCAAGCGAGAAUGGGUGGUCCCUCCAAUAUCUGUCUCUGAGAAUGGCAAGGGCCCCUUCCCCCAGAAGCUGAAUCAGCUCAAAUCUAAUAAAGAUAGAGGCACCAAGAUUAUCUACAGCAUCACAGGGCCUGGGGCAGAUAGCCCCCCUGAGGGUGUCUUCACCAUAGAGAAGGAAACAGGCUGGCUGUUGUUGAAUAAGCCGUUGGACCGCGAGAAGAUUGCCAAGUAUGAGCUCUUCGGCCACGCUGUAUCAGAGAACGGUGCCUCAGUGGAAGAGCCCAUGAAUAUCUCCAUCAUUGUAACAGACCAGAAUGACCACAAGCCCAAAUUCACCCAGGAUGUCUUCAGGGGGAGCGUCUUGGAGGGGGUACUACCUGGCACUUCUGUGAUGCAGGUGACAGCCACAGAUGAGGACGAUGCCAUCAACACCUAUAACGGGGUGGUUGCUUACUCCAUCCAUAGCCAAGAGCCAAAGGACCCACACGACCUCAUGUUCACCGUCCACCGGAGCACAGGCACCAUCAGCGUCAUCUCCAGUGGCCUGGACCGGGAGAGAGUCCCUGAGUACACACUGACCAUCCAGGCCACCGACAUGGACGGGGAUGGCUCCACCACCACGGCAGUGGCCACAGUGGAAAUCCUCGAUGCCAAUGACAAUGCUCCUGUGUUUGAUCCCCAGAAGUACGAGGCCCAUGUGCUGGAGAACACGGUGGGCCAUGAGGUGCAGAGGCUGACAGUGACCGAUCUGGAUGCCCCCAACACUCCGGCAUGGCACGCUACCUACCGCAUCUUGGAAGGUGACGACGGGGACCAUUUUACCAUUACUGCCCACCCUGAGAGCAAUCAGGGUAUCCUGACUACCAGGAAGGGCUUGGAUUUUGAGGCCAAAAACCAGCACACGCUGUACGUUGAAGUGACCAAUGAGGCUCCUUUUGUGGUGAAGCUCCCAACCUCCACGGCCACCAUAGUGGUCCAUGUGAAGGAUGUGAAUGAGGCUCCUGUGUUUGUCCCACCUUCCAAAGUCGUCGAGGUCCAGGAGGGCAUCUCCAUUGGGGCGCCUAUCUGUACCUACACUGCACAGGACCCUGACAAGGGGAAUCAGAAGAUCAGCUACCACAUCCUGAGAGACCCAGCAGGAUGGCUAGCAAUGGACCCAGACAGUGGGCAGGUCACUGCUGCAGGGGUGUUGGACCGCGAGGAUGAGCAGUUUGUGAGGAACAAUAUCUACGAAGUCAUGGUCUUGGCUGUGGAUGAUGGGGGCCCUCCCACCACUGGCACAGGAACCCUCCUGCUAACACUUAUGGAUGUCAACGACCAUGGCCCAGUCCCCGAGCCCCGACAGGUCACCAUCUGCAACCAAAGUCCUGUGCCCCAAGUGCUGAACAUCACGGACAAGGACUUGUACCCCAACACCUCCCCUUUCCAGGCACAGCUCACACACGACUCAGACAUCUACUGGACAGCCGAGGUCAAUGAGAAAGGAGACACAGUAGCCUUGUCACUGAAGAAGUUCCUGAAGCAAGACACGUAUGAUGUGCACCUUUCUCUGUCCGACCACGGCGACAAGGAACAGCUGACAGUGAUCAGGGCCACCGUGUGUGACUGCCACGGCCAGGUGGAAACCUGCCCUGAACCCUGGAAAGGAGGUUUCCUCCUGCCUAUCCUGGGGGCUGUCCUGGCUCUGCUGUUUCUCCUGCUGGUGCUCCUCUUGUUGUUGAGAAAGAAACGCAAGGUGAAGGAGCCCCUUCUGCUCCCAGAAGACGACACCCGUGACAACGUGUUCUACUACGGUGAAGAGGGGGGUGGCGAGGAGGACCAGGACUAUGACAUCACUCAGCUGCAUCGGGGUCUGGAGGCCCGGCCGGAGGUGGUUUUCCGCAAUGAUGUAGCGCCAACUUUCAUCCCCACUCCAGUGUACCGUCCCCGUCCAGCCAACCCAGAUGAAAUUGGCAACUUCAUCAUUGAGAACCUGAAGGCAGCCAACACGGACCCCACAGCCCCACCCUACGACUCCCUGUUGGUUUUCGACUAUGAGGGCAGCGGCUCCGAUGCCGCCUCCCUGAGCUCCCUCACCUCUUCGGCCUCUGAUCAGGACCAAGACUAUGACUAUCUGAGCGAGUGGGGCAGCCGCUUCAAGAAGCUGGCGGACAUGUAUGGUGGUGGCCAGGACGACUAGGCCACCCUGUCAGCGGGUCCAGGGACUAAACAUCAGGCUGUGGCCGCAUCUCCAGCCUCAGCCAAGGAUUCGGGAGCUUGUUGAGAAGUGGCCUUAAUAACUUGGAGGAGAGAGACCUCAAGUCUGAUAUUAAGGGGUUGGUUUCUAAGCCUUUGAGUGGAGAGACAUGGGCAGUUGGAUCUCAACACUGAAAACCUCUCAGCCUAGGCCAGGGUGGCCUCAGAGGCUGAAUUUCUGGGAGUCAUUAACCUGCUGAAAGACACCCAGCCCUGUGUCCUGAGCCUGGACUGACUGACCCACCCUCCUGCCCCCAGAAUGGCAUGCUCUCUGGAAUGGACCCUUCUCUGUAGAAAGAGACCUUUUAUAUUGCAACCUGGAUUUUUUUUUUAAUGCUGUUUUGAAAAGAGGCGGGUCCUCAACCGUCCCCUGGAGCCCUCAGAGGCCCAGGCCAGAGCUGCACGGUUCCUGUGCCCUCAUGCAUUGCUCUCUGAUCUCCAGGCCCCAAGACCUCCUAUUUGAAUGGAUUACUGCGUUUUUAUACUGAGCGCGACUAGGUUGCCCUUUAUUUUUUAUUUUCCCUAUUGAGUGCUGUAGAUGAGGAGUGACGACAAUCAUGUAAAUGUACUAGAACUUUUAUAUUAAAGGAACUUUUCCCAUA